AUGACUUCCGCACGCAACCGAAGCGGAAACGUUUCUGCCAGAGGUCGCGAACGCUUCGCAACAGCGAGCACCUGCCAGCGUCACAGCCACCGAGUUUUGGCUCCACUGACCCAACGCGCGGACUGGGAUUGCGGCAUCACAUGUGUAGAAAACGUUUUCCGAUACUUUUGUCGUCCUGUCCCAGAGCGAUCCAGACUCGAGGAGCUCGCCGGCUCGAGGUCUACGUGGACGAUCGACCUCGUUCUCCUGCUGCACAAGACUGGCUUCCUCAACGUAGCCUUCUGGACUACUUUCGCAGGCAUUAAUCCGACCUUUAAAGACUGGCCUUUCUAUCGUAAAGCGAUUGAGUCGGAUGCGGCUCGUGUUCAAAGCCGUUUUGUGCUCGCACAGCGACUCGGGAUACCGGUUUUCUCGACGCUGUUGCCGACAAUGGCGCUCAUCCCUGCUGCGUAUCGGGCACCACAUCCAGACUGCGGCUAUAAAGCCCCAUCUUUGACCGUCUCGAAGGCUAGCGUCAGGCCCGGUAGCAGUCCUGUGUGGAUUGUUCUCGUCGACAGGCGGCACUUGAGGUACAGCUGUUCGUUACCGGUUCGAUGGUCAUCCAAGGUGCUCACAUGGAUUCGGGAGCAACUAUUUCAUGCGUUUCGGAGUUUAGAUGAUUCCAAUUUCCAAGGUCACUAUGUCUUAGUCCUGGAAUACUGUCCGGAAAUCGAUGCGUUCCUCGUUAUGGAUCCAGCGGAGCCGCGUGCAGGCCUGCACGUGGAGCGCUGCGUCCUCGACAAGGCGCGACUGGCGCCGGGCACCGACGCAGACAUCAUCAGGGUGAUGCCCGAGUUCUCCGCGAACCUCCAAGCAUUCGGAACGUUUGGGGCGUGCCAUGAACGCGAAGAAAGCGAGCAUACGUUGUCGUCAAGUAGACACAGUGGUAGAGGUCCGUUUUCGUAA